UUCAGCAUGGUAGCUUAGUGUAUUCUUAGUUGUAGUCUCUGUAUUUUUUCAAAUAUAUUUUUUUUUCUCAUUUUACUUGAGAGGACUACAUUUUAUUUUUCACAGUGCAUAUUUAAAACCACGAAGGAUUUUCAUAUUUUCUUGUUCUCAAGUAAACACGUGAAAUCAGUUUUUAUAAGUUUGCGCAUAAAUGUGGAAUAAAUAAUGUUUGUUUUCAUAUUUUAAUUUUUGUGUGUUUUGCAUGUACUAUAUCCAUAUGUUUAUUAUGUACCCAGUAGAUUUGUCAGUUCAUUGUAAAACCACGGGUCAUGAUAUAUGUUUCUAAGAAAUACAUGUUAAUACCCAGUUUUAUAAUCAAUUACAAUUUCGAAGUGGACUACAUAUUUCUAUUUUCCCUUUUGUUAAUUCAUGAUUAUGUAUACAUGUAUCACCUGUGCAGUAGUAAAAUAAUGGAAGAAUUACAUUGUUUUAUAAUUAAUUUUACUUACAUGGAUCUUUAAUGCUGGUCGUUAUUAUGAUUUGUUUAUGUGAAAUAAUUUCAAUGUUACUGAAUUUUGGUACCCUUCGGUUUCAUUGUAUAUAGAACAAUAUUGUUCUUGUUUUUAUUUUUUACAUUAUUUUUUUUCUCAUCAUUGUAGCAAUUAAUUAAAUACAGAAAAUGUAGUGGAAACAUUUUUAAUUGAGCCGAGGGUAAUGUCAAGGAGUGAUUUUGUGUAUUUUACUUUUACUUUGAUGUUUCAGCAUCUGUGUUGUAUUUUUCAAAUUUGACAUCUCUUCCCUCUCCGUCCCACAGUAUCAAUGACAGUAUUGUGAGUUAUAUGUUUAAAGUAGAGAUAAAAGCUUGAGCAUUUCCUGUCCUGAGAAUUCUGUGGAAAUUUAUGUCAACCAUUCUUUCUUUUGAUGUUACAUUUGAGUUCCGUAUUCUUUCAUUGGUUAUCUUUAUAAAUGUGGGCGGAGUUUAGGGGAAAGAGUUGAGAUGUGAGUUGUGUAUCACAGAAAACAUGUAGUGACGAGUAGUAUUUUGAAGGAUAUUUUCCCAUCGUCACAGUAUCUGAACACAACGUUGCGAACAUACAUGUGUAACUUCCAAAAUGAGCGCAAAUGUCGUCCAAGCUCAAGACCUCCUACAGUGCGAUUGUCCAAACCCAGUUGAAUUUUAUUGUAAAAGAUGCCAGGUCCGAUUAUGCGAGACCUGCUUGCCGGUACAUACACGACUCAAAAUGGAAUUCGGACACGCCAUUGAAGAAUAUUUCACAGAAGACGAUGAAGAUAAUGAUUGUUCCUGUGCUUUGCAUCCUGAGUUCGAGCGUGGAGCAUUUUGCGAAACAUGUGGAGUUCCGGUUUGCCUGCUUUGCGUGUCUUUUGAUCACAAAAGUCACGUGAUAUCAGAACUGACCAAUAAAGUACCAGAACUUCUCGACACUGUUACGCGGGAAAAUUUGAGACUUGAAUCAUUGUCUUAUUCUUAUGAAAGGGCACUGGAAUACAUCAAUAAGCGGAAAGAAAACAUAGCAGAAAACUACCAAAACAUGACAGAAAAUGUUAAACAGAGGGUAGAGUUCUUAAAACAGGAGAUUGAAAAAGCUGGUGAACAACUACUCAUCGAUCUAAAAGAGUUUGAAGAAGAACAUAGGGAUAAAAUGGAAAAACAACGAAUAGAGGUUGUAGACAAACUAGAUCAGUUAAGAAAACUCCGAAAUAAAAUCCCAAAGAAACGAAAUAUAAAGAGUGCAUUAAAACUAAUAAAACUAGAAAAAGACUUGGAAGAGUUCAACAGUGUACCGCAAAUAGAAGAUGCAACCAUGCCAUCCAUAUUAUCAAGAUUUGAAGUUGAAAAGGAACUACGGAAAUAUUUUGGAAACCUUGCUAAACCAGAGAGCUUCCAAGCCUAUCUACCAGACAAUGAAUCCAAGAAAGACACACUGACAGUUCUGAAUCCAUCCCAGCUUUCUGCAACCAUAGAUACCAGAUUUCCUCCUCGAGUUAGCCAAAAUCGGUUGUUUGAUUUGGUAUUUAUGCGUGGACGCAAAUUUUGGGCAGGGGGUAGUGUACCAAAGCUAAAAUUGUUUGACCUUUAUGGAAAUCUUCAAGAUGUCAAGCCAAUUGAAAGUGAAUGCGGUCUUUACUUGACCCUCCAUAAAGGAAAGUUAGUCUUUAAUAACUACAUGUUCAACUGGUUGGAAACGAUUGAAAAUGACCUAGGACAAACUACUUCUAAAUGCAUCAUUGACUUUAACGUCUGCUGCACGGGCUGGUCAGCUUCCGGUAUAGCGAGCACACGAGAAGGCGGGUUCCUCGUAUGCAUGAAACAAAAUGAAAAAUCGAUGAAGAUUGUCCGAUUCAGUCGCAAUGGAAAACCAAUUCAAGAGAUACAGUUCGAUUCCAAAAAUCGUCCACUGUACGAAAAGUUAGUUUACGUUGCCGAAAAUGGAAACGGAGAUAUCUGUGCCGCAGACUGGGGGAGGAAGGUUAUAGUCGUGGUAAAUGAGGAGGGACAGUACAGAUUUUCCUACCGUGGACAUCUGAAGGAGGAUAGUCUUGUCGGGGGUUCCCUGGCCACAGACAGUCUCUGCAAUAUUAUUGUCGCAGACUGCCUGGGAGAUAAGGUCCAUGUGGUUAAUAAGGACGGUUUCUUCUUGUGGUACAUCACCGUACCCGAACUGGACAGCCCCCGGGCGCUGUCGAUAACUGACGAAGGGGAACUUCUUGUGGGAGAGUGUCGAAGCGGACUCGUCAAGUGUAUCAAAUAUUUAAAGUAAUAGACCUAUGUGAUCUUUUGUAUUUUGUACAGCAUACAUGUACAUUACCUUGCAUGUACGUAGGGGAUGAUUGGGUUGGGUACGGGUCGCCCUGAACGUAUUUGUGUCACC